AUGACACGCCCUUCGGAGGAAAGUCAAGAAAUCGAACCUUUUAUUUCUCACAACCGAAAGAUCCUAAUCCCUGGGCGCGAACGGCUAUCUUCUGCCGUUGCUAUUCUUCUUGUUACAAACCUCGUUUUCGCGAUUCUAUUACUUCGAGGUGCAAACUACACAACUCAAGCUAUGAGCCCAGAAACAGAAACUCAGAUAUCGAACCCUUACGGCCUCCAAAUCUCGACCGAGAAGGCAGCUGCAAUUGUCGAAAACCAACCAUUAGAAAGUCUCGUACCUAUAAGUCUCCACUUCUCCUCAGUUCUAGGCCCAGAAUGGCCCAUACACAUCUUCACGAGUGCAGAAACGCAACACUUGUUUACAGACUCCGAGCCUUUUCAGCGAGAGGUCGCUGUAGGUCGCUUCAUUGUGCGACUACUGCCAGAAGAAGAGAAACUUAGUUCACGUGCGAGUGUUUCUGCUUUUUUCACCAAACCCUGGCUUUGGGAACAACUGGCUCCAGCAGAGCACAUUUUGUUAUUUCAAGCCGACAGCAUCCUUUGCUCGAAAGCACCUCUGAAAGUCGAAGGCUUCCUCGAAUACGAUUUUGUCGGUGCGCCGGUAAGGGAAGGAUUAGGCAUGGGGUACAACGGCGGGUUAUCUAUCAGAAAUCGAACAAUGUGCUUAGACAUUGUGAAUAAUUUCGACUGGCAAGUGGAGAGGCACGGGGACCAUUCCAAUGGAAAUGCGGAUUACGAGGACCAGUGGUUUUGUAAGAAAAUGAGAGAAUAUCUUGGAGCAAAAAUUCCUGAACCCGAUAUAGCAAUGAAAUUCUCGGUGGAAACGAUAUGGUACGAGAAACCUCUUGGGUUUCAUCAGCCAAACGUCUGGCAGGCAGAAAAAAUGGAGGAGAUAUACCAUUAG